AUGGCCGAGCCGGCUCCGUUACCUCUGACUUUUGAGGAUGUGGCCAUUUAUUUCUCAGAGCAAGAAUGGCAGAAUCUAGAGGCAUGGCAGAAGGAGCUUUACAAGCAAGUAAUGAGAGCCAAUUAUGAGAUUCUCCUUUCUCUAGAUAAUGGACUUCCCAAACCAGAACUAAUAUCCUGGAUUGAGCAGGGGAAAGAGCUCUUUAAGAAAUGGGGAGAAUCACAGGAAUCAAGAAGCAUAAUUUGCUCCUCUGCUGAUUUGCAUUUUGAUCCAGUUAUUGAGGGACAGCCAUUUUCAGGAAACCAACAAGCUGUGAGUUCAGAAGAAGCUCAUUACCAUUUCCAAGUAGAUCCUCUUCAGAGCCACUGUUCCUCUGAACCCUUAUCAGGAAAAAGUGAAGAUGUUUCCUUCAGGCCUGACCAAGCCGUCGCCCUCUUGAACCCACAGAGACAUAACACUCGGCCUCUACUCCCAGGGGUCCACAGCUCCAGGGAACCCGCCCAAAGAGACAGAAUCGCAAGCCCCAGAGACCUGGGUCUCCCAGGUUUCCAGAAAACUGCCUCAGGGGAGGGCCUCCAGCAGUCUUGUGCCUUCUGUGGAGAAAGCUUUUGGAAUGAGAACUUCUUAGAGCAGCACCAGGGAAGCCACUCAAAGGCCUGGAAACAACUCAGCAAACAACCCGAGGCAGAGCAGCCUCGGAGCCAGACUCACCUCCAGACUCACUUCCGCUGCCUCGGAUGCGGGCGGGGCUUCCGUCGGAAGCCGCCCUUGCUUAGCCCCCUGGCGGUCGGGGCUGAGGAGAGCCACCCGCUAGGCCUAGAACGUGAAGAGCCGUGCGGCUGCCGCCUGACACCACCACUGCCUUCCCCGUGCCCCGGUUGCGAGGACAGUGCCUCCCGGGGGCCCCCGGGCGUGGAGAGGCCAGUCUCUCCGAGAGAGGGCGCCGGGGCAGCCUCCGAGCAGGCCGAGCUCCCUCCGAGCUCGAACCUGGCUGGUCAGGCGUGUGGCCUCUGGGCUGGAGACCCGGAGGCCCUCGAGCCUAGCCCCGGUGGGGAGAGGCCGUCCUCCUGUGGCGCGUGCCGCCGGCGUCCCUCCCGGCGGUGCAGGGUCUCCGACCACACCCAUGUGCACCGCGCGGAGCAGCCCUGCCGGUGCGCUGAGUGCGGUCGGGCCUUCCGCCAGCGCCGGCCGCUGCGGCUGCACUGGCAGCCGCACUCGCACGAGCCGCCCUGCCCAGGUCCGGAGUGCGGCCUGGGCUUUCGCCUGAGGAGCCCGCUGCGGGCCCACGGGCUGCGGCACGGCGCUGAGAGGCCGCUGGCGUGUGGCGAGUGCGGCCGCGGCUUCGCCCAUCCGUGCAAGCUGCGUGAGCACCUACGGGUGCACAGCGGCGAGCGGCCCUUCGGCUGUGCGGAAUGUGGCAAGAGCUUCCGCCUUAAGGGCAUCCUGAAGGCGCACGAGCGCACGCACAGCCGCGAGCGGCCCUUCCAAUGCGUCGAGUGCGGCCGGGGCUUCACGCGGCCGUCCAAGCUGGCUGAGCACUUCCGCGUGCACAGCGGCGAGCGGCCCUUCGGCUGCCCGGACUGCGGCCGCCGCUUCCGCCUCCAGGGGCAGCUGCGGAGCCACCGGCGGCUGCACACGGGCGAGAGGCCCUUCCUGUGCCCCGACUGCGGCAAGAGCUACCGCGUGAAGGCCGACUUGAAGGCGCACCAGCUGCUGCACGGCGGCCCGAUGCCCUUCUCCUGCGAGUGCGGCAAGGGCUUCGCCAAGCAGUCCAAGCUCGUGGAGCACGUCCGGACGCACACGGGCGAGAAGCCCUUCCAGUGUCCCCAGUGCGACAAGCGCUUCCGCUUGAAGGCGCAGCUGCUCAGCCACCAGGGCCUGCACACCGGCGAGAGGCCUUUCCGCUGCCCCGAGUGCGACAAAAACUUCCGGGAAAGGGGCCACAUGCUCCGGCACCAGCGCAUCCACCGGCCCGACCGGCCGUUUGUCUGUGCAGACUGCGGCAAGGGCUUCAUUUACAAGUCGAAACUGGCCGAACACGUCCGAGUGCACGCGAAAUCCUGCCGUGUCCGCAGAGAGCCUGACGUUAAGAAAAGGCUCAGCCAGCUGUUUGCGAUGAUCGAGGCCGACUGGAGUUGA